AUGGAGCGUCAGCAACUUAUGAGGGGGACGAAACUUGGACCAGAGCAACGCAGUGCCGCGAAAACCACGUGGAAUCCCUUUUUGGGAACAGAAAACGUUCGUCCGGGUGGCUCGCUCAAACUCAAGGGCAGCGUCACAGAUGGUGGCGUCGUGAAAAAGAAGAAGAAAAAGUCCAAAACUGAGAAGACUGACUCGGACCGACUUGAUGAACGGGAGUCCGUUAAAGAACGCUUUGUCCAGGAAGAUGACAAUCCUGGUUCUGCCACUGGCAGUGGUCGGAACUCUCCGGCAGUGGUUGGGAGCAGCUCUCGCAAAACAGAGGCAGAACGAAGAUUUGAAAUGGUGCAGAGGCGGCGGCUGGCCAAACGAGUUAGUAAGCUAGCAAAUAAGACGCACAAGGAUCGCGUCAAUGAAUUCAAUUCCCACUUGGAAUCCCUUAGUGAACACCAUGACAUUCCAAAAGUUGGGCCAGGAUAAGAUAUCUGUGCUCCUCCAUUGGCUGCAUAUUCUCUACUUUGCGUUUCUGGAACUGUUACGUAUGGUUGGAGGCGUUCUGUUGCAUAUAUCGUGCAGCGGUGGAUACUUUGUAAUAUAUUUGGAACCUUUUGAGUCAAUAACGCAGUAGGGAUAAUAUCGG